AUGGUGCUGUUACAUGCACUAUUUAGUGUUCUGCUGCUGCAUCACUUUGGGUUCCUUCCAAAUGCUGAAUCUGAGACUGUCAGCUGUCCAGCACUGGCUGGAGUCCCAGGAUCUCCUGGACACAACUGCCUUGCUGGAAGAGAUGGUAGAGAUGGAAAUACAGGCCCUAGAGGAGACAAGGGAGAGCAGGGUGUGUAUGUGUGUAUGUGUGUGUGUGUGUGUGUGUGUGUGUGUGUGUGUGUGUGUGUGUGUGUGUGUGUGUGUGUGUGUGUGAAAGGAGAGCCAGAUUUCUUGAGUUCAGUUCUACAGCAAGAAGUCCACAAGCUCAAACACCAAGUCGAAAAGCUGAUGAACGACAUCAAGCCCAAAGUGGCGUUCUCAGCGACUGGCCCUGUAAAUAUCGGACCAUACCCGAAACGUGUGACUCUGGUAUUUGGAGAAGCUUUGAUGAAUAUCGGCAACGGUUAUGACCCAAAAACAGGUAUCUUCACAGCACCUGUGAAAGGAGUUUACUACUUCGUUUUUGUCAUCUUCAACGCAAACAACCUGCCGACCGGCGUGGCUCUGACGAAGAAUGGAGAAAACAUAGUUUUUGCCACUGAUAUUCAGCCUGGCUCUGACAGCGAGGACACGGCAACUAAUUCGGUCUCACUGCUGUUGGAGGAAGGAGACCAGGUCUACCUGGAGCUGGUGGAGACCCGGAAGGUCCACACAGACUCAGACAGACGCAACACGUUCAGUGGCCAUCUCCUCUUCACCAUGUAAACAUCCUAAUGGUGAUGGAGAGCCACUUCUUCUGGUCUUUCCUGGCUUUGAAUAUUAGAAAUCCACACACUGAGUGGCUUUAAUGUGUUAUAUCUCAUUACUUUAUAUACUCAACACAGUCGUGUUAUUACUGUAGGUUAUUGCCUCAUUAAUGGGCUCUAACACUUUGCUCAGUUAAGUAUUAUGUAGUUACUUUGAUAUU